AACUUAAAUAAUUUGGUACUCCACUAAUUAUGAGAAAAGAAAGAGUGAGGAGGAGUAAUUGAGUUGGGAGCGAGAUCUGAGGGAGCAGUUAGGUAUUCGGUUAAAUUCUUCCAUUUUUGCUCCUCCUUGAUUUUGGGAUUCUCCACUCAGUGAUUGAAUUCCAAUAAUGAUGGAGAAGGCAGAUUCUUCACAGAAACUAUAUAAAAGGAUGCGACUUUGGGAAUUUCCAGAUCAGUAUGUUGUUGAGCCUACUGAUGGAUCCUCUGGUUCGUGUUUGGAAAUCAGUCGGGUGGACGGGUCGAUGAAACUAAUAGAUGAGAUACCACAUUGCAGUUCAAUUCGUGUUCCCAAAAUUCGGACAAUUUUUGGAGUUAUUGGGAUACUAAAGCUUUUGGCAGGGUCAUAUUUGUUGGUCAUAACGGAACGCGAAAGUGUUGGAUCUUACAUGGGUCACCCUAUCUUUAAAGUCUCAUCAAUGAAGGUUUUUCCUUGUGAUCAUUCUCUCAAGAACACUCCUGUUGAACAGAAAAAAAUGGAAGCUGAGUUUUCUGCACUGCUUAAUGUAGCAGAAAAGACUCCUGGUCUGUACUUUUCUUAUGAUGUCAAUAUAACAUUGAGUGCUCAGCGGUUGCAUGAUUUGGGUGAUGAAUCCAAGUUGCUUCCUCUAUGGAGACAAGCAGACCCUCGGUUUCUUUGGAACAAUUAUAUGAUGGAAAUUCUUAUAGAUCACAAGCUUGACCCCUUCUUGCUUCCAGUUGUCCAAGGCAGCUUUCACAACUUUCAAGCAGCAAUUGGAAAAGACAUUGUCGAUGUUACGCUGAUUGCAAGGAGGUGUAAUAGGAGAACUGGCACUCGGAUGUGGAGAAGAGGUGCUGAUACUGAUGGAUUUGUUGCAAAUUUUGUGGAAAGCGAGCAAAUUAUACAGCUGAAUGGGUGUACUGCAUCAUUUGUUCAGGUCAGAGGGUCCAUUCCACUACUAUGGGAUCAGAUUGUUGAUUUGACAUAUAAACCUAAGUUUGAGAUAGUGAGACUUGAAGAAGCACCUAGAGUAGCUGAGAGACACUUUUUGGACCUCAGAAAGAAAUAUGGAAAUGUUCUAUCAGUUGAUCUCGUCAACAAGCAUGGAGGAGAAGGGCGUUUGAAUGAAAAGUUUGCCAAUGCAAUGCAGAGUGUUGCUGGUGAUGAUGUAAGAUACUUGCACUUUGAUUUUCACCAUAUAUGUGGGCAUGUUCAUUUCGAGCGUCUUUCUAUCCUUUAUGAGCAAAUUGAGGAUUUCUUCAUAAAGAAUAGGUACUUUUUAUUGAAUGAGAAAGGUGAAAAAGUUGAGGUGCAACUUGGAGUUGUGAGGACCAACUGCAUUGAUUGCUUAGACCGUACAAAUGUAACACAGAGCAUGCUUGGUCGCAGAAUGUUGGAAUUCCAACUCAGAAGGCUUGGUGUUUUUGACGCGGAAGAAUCUAUCAGCACACACCCCAACCUUGAUGAGAGCUUCAAAAUAUUGUGGGCCAACCAUGGGGAUGAUAUAAGCAUACAGUAUUCUGGCACUCCAGCCCUAAAGGGAGAUUUUGUCAGAUAUGGUAAGAGAACAGUCCAGGGAAUUGUUAAUGAUGGUGUGAAUGCCCUAACUCGAUACUACUUGAACAACUUUGUUGAUGGUACAAAACAGGAUGCAAUCGAUCUAAUGCAAGGACAUUACAUUAUGUCGGUCUCCCGAGAUAUGACAGCAACAUCGCAGAAAGGUGGCAUUGAGGCUAUAGCUUCAUUUCCUCUUGCCUUGGGACUGAUUUUGACUGGGCUAUUUUUUGCUACCUUGUCACUGGGGAGAGUUCGGCAUGAUGUUUGGAACCUAUUAUUUUCGCUGGUUUGGGCAAGCAUAAGUUUGGCCAUAGCUGCACUUGUGAAGGCCAAUGGUCGCAUGUUCUGUAACAGGCCUCGCCUGCACCAGUCAAGGCAUUGAUUUUGUCGGUUAAUGCUGCUGGACUAGUUGCCAUAUUUGCUGAAGUUGCUAGCUUUGCUAGUCAACAUAUUCAUUUACCAUCGCAUUCUUUUGUAAGGAAUCACGCUGCUAUGGAUUGGCUAUAGAAAAAAAUUGAUUAUUACUAUUUGUGCUUCUUUCACUUUGUAACUUUGAUCAUUUCAUUUCAGUGGGCUUAGCUACGGAUGAUUGUUUACAGAUUGGAAAUUUUUGUCCAAUAAUACUUUGUGAAGUCAUGCUAAAAGAAAUUUAACUUUGGCUUCAA